AUGUUGUUUCCCCACAGGGUGUUUGACUACCAGCGUGUCCCAGCCUCCAUGAUGCCAGUCCCAGUGGAGCCCAGCCCUAUAAAACGUUCCCGUGGCCCCUCUUCCUCCUCCGGCCUGCACCGCUCCAGAGACAGACCUCAGGGCAAGAGGAGCGCCCCGCGCACCGGCUCUUCCAGCACCAGGGCUAAGUGUAAGGGACCCCACACACUGUAACCCGCACACACACUCACUCACAACACACUCUUUACAAUGUUAACACACGCACACAUGCACUCACAGACACACUCACCACACACAGACACACCCAUAAAAACAGCUCAUUACAGGGUGAAUGUAAUCUGUGCAUGUGCACUUAACGUUUUAUCUUCAGUGUAUGUGUAUCUGCUUCUUUUCACUGACUAUGUGUGUUUGUAUGUGUGUGCCUAUGAAACCACUUGGGAGUCUGUGUAUAUUGGAUGCCUGAGUGUUCCUCCUAGUGUAAUGCCAUGUCUGCAUGGGGAACGGCAGCGCUGGGAGCCCCAGGGCACAGUCAGAAGCACCAGAUGGUCUCUUCAUUAAAAGCCUUUCGACUGCAGGGCCCCUCUCCUCUCCUUCCACUACCCAGCCUAUCAACAUGCUGCAAUUAUACCAAGUUAAUAGUGCAUAACAAAUAAGAAUUGUUUAUACUAGUUUAUUACAAGCCUUAAUAGUUUUUACUGCCAGCCCAUCAUAGGGAAAUUAGAUUGCCUUUGUAGCUGCAGAGGUCGAACAGCUUUUAAUAGUAAAGCGUUUCAGGGUUGUUUUCUCAGAGCUGGGGUUGUGAUUUGAAUUUCCCAUUAAAGACCAUAGGCUAGUGGAGAGGAGAUGUUAAGGCCCUGGGAGUGAGGGUGCUUCCAGUACACUAAGUGAUGGUGGCAUGCAUGGGAAGACAAAGUGAGUUUGUGAGUACAGGCUUCAACACUAUGCACUAUUACAGCCCUCUCUAGGCCAAAUCCUAUUUUAAGACCUGCACUCAUAACUUGGACUUUCGUGCAAAUCAUACAUCAAUGUUAAUGGGAGAUUUAUAUGAAAAGAAUUCUCAAAAGAGGAUUAUUUCUCAAAUCUAGAUUUCUCUCCCUCCUUUCUCCCUCCAUCUCUCUCUCCCUCGCUCUCCCUCUUUCUCUCCCUCUCUCUCUCUACAGUGAAGAUGGCAGAGCUGUUGGCCAUAAAGAGGGAGUUGACUCUGAUCAAGGUGCAGAUUGAUGGACUGCUGGACAGUGUGGAAAAGAUGGACAGACAGAUAAAGGACCACUCAGGUAGAAGGCUUAGAGCCUGGACUGGAGAGUUUCUUUUAUACUAUCUCAUCAUUGGGAGCUUAACUUACAGAAUUUCCCCUGCUAACAUUACAUUGUUUUGUAAUCCUCUUACGAGUCUAUGAUGAUGAGAGAUAACAAGUGGAGGGGGAAAUUACUAUUCAUUGAUUAAAGUAAAGAACAUCUACACAACAUGGCCAAAAGUAUGGAAUAUAGUCCAUAGACACCUGCUUGUCGAACAUCUCAUUCCAAAAUCAUGGGUAUUAUUAUGGAGUUGGUCCCCCCUCUGCUGCUAUAACAGCCUCCACUCUUCUGGGAAGGCUUUCCACUAGAUGUUGGAACAUUGCUGCGGGGACUUGCUUCCAUUCAGCCACAAGAGCAUUAGUGCGGUCGGGCACUGAUGUUGGCCGAUUAGGACUGGCUCGCAGUCGGCAUUCCAAUUCAUCCCAAAGGUGUUCGAUGGGGUUGAGGUCAGGGCUCUGUGCAGGCCAGUCAAGUUCUUCCACACCAUUUCUGUAUGGAUUUGUCAUGCUGAAAUAGGAAUGGGCCUUCCCUAAACUUUUGCCACAAAGUUGGAAGCACAGAAUCGUCUAGAAUGUCAUUGUUUGCUGUACCAUUACGAUUUCCCUUUACUGGAACUAAGGGGCCUAGCCUGAACAAUGAAAAACAGCCCCAGACCAUUAUUCCUCCUCCACCACUUUACAGUUGGCACUAUGCAUUUGGGGUGGUAGCGUUCUCCUGGUAUCCACCAAACCCAGAUUCGUCCGUCGGACUGCCAGAUGAUGAAGCGUGAUUCAUCACUCCAGACAACACGUUUCCACUGCUCCAGAGUCCAAUGGCGGCGAGCUUUACACCAUUCGAGCCGACACUUCGCAUUGCGCAUGGUGAUCGUAGGCUUAUGUGCGGCUGCUCGGCCAUGGAAAUCCAUUUCAUGAAGCUCCCGACAAAAAGUUAUUGUGCUGAUGUUGCUUCCAGAGGCAGUUUGGAACUCGGUAGUGAGUGUUGCAACCAAGGACAGACGCACUUCUGCACUCGGCGGUCCCGUUCUGUGAGCUUGUGUGGCCUACCACUUCAUGGCUGAGCCGUCCGUUGUUGCUCCUAGUCGUUUCCACUUCACAAUAACAGCACUUACAGUUGCCCGGGGCAACUCUAGCAGGGCAGACAUUUGACGAACUGACUUUUUGGAAAGGUGGCAUCCUUUGACGGCGUCACUGAGCUCUUCAGUACGGGCCAUUCUACUGCCAAUGUGUGUCUAUGGAGAUUGCAUGGCUGUGUCCUCGAUUUUAUACACCUGUCAGCAACUGGUGUGGCUGAAAUAGCUGAAUCCACUAAUUUGAAGGGGUGUCCACAUAUUUAUGGCCAUGUAGUGUAUUUGUCAUUAGAUUAUUAUUGGCCCAUUAUGACUAUUUUCUAUUAUAAUUUGGGGCAUCUUGCAUCAGUGAGCACUGCAUCAACAGAAAAUAAAAAAAAAUGGGCAAUGCCUUAGUGUAAAGUAACUAUCGGCAGGCUUUGUUGUGCACAUAACUGGGACAUUGGCUACCAUUUACAAAGAAAGAAGUUCAAAAACACAGUUAAAGCCAUAUUCUAUGGACUAUAUUCAAUGGAGAGGUACACUGACAACAGAACAUGCUCAACAAUUGUGAAAAUAACUGUGUGCGUGUGUCUGGUCCAGAUUCACCUCCGACCGGGGAGGGCAGUGUUUCGGACUCAGUGAGCAGUCUGGACGACUCCCCUGUUAGCCUUCACCACAGACAGAGAGAGAGCCCAGAGCCAGGAGAGGCCAGCGAUGAUGACCACCUCCAACACAAUACCAGCACCACCACAGGGUAAACACAAAACUCUUCUUCCCCCUACUGGUGAUUGCGCACUCCUUGCACCUCAGUAAUGUUAUAGUACCGUUUGGGUAGUGCUUGAAUGUUUUACAUUAUCAUAGAUUUUCAUUAUUUGUUCUGAAAGUGCAUAUCUUCAACAUGUUGUGGAAUAUAGCACUGGCUGUCACAGUUGCAAUAGUUCUGGAAAAGUGUGUUUGUGUUUGUGUGUGUGUCAUAGAACAAAGAGAGUAAGAUAUUGGGAGAUGAUAGUUGAUUAACUAUUAUUCUUCAGAUUUUGGGACUCGUACAUACAUUACAUUCUGUGUGCCCACCUCUUCAAAUGAAGAGUAAUUAUCUACAAUUACAACCAAGUGUCUCCCUACCUGGCUGACACAAUAAGUGUUCUGCCUCUGUACCACUGUUCAUUAUCUAUACCAGGCUGUGUGGGCUGAGCUUGUUCACCAGGCAGGGGAGCCAUUGUUUCUCUGACAGUUGAGAGGGGAAGUGGGAGGAAGAUGGAAGGAAUGAAUAGAGAAGAGUGUUUACCAGUCAACCACAACACAGCAUCCCAAAUCUGUCCUAAUGCAAGGGGUAAUACCACUUCCUAGGAUUACCAAGGAGUGUCACUCAUCCUUCCUAAACUUGGUUUAACAGAUGCACAGAUGGAGAACUACAGUCACAGUGAAAUCUGGAUAUUUCAUCGACCAACAAAAUCAACUUAAUCAAAUGCCCAGUGGUGGCAAUUUUGGAGAUAACCGUUUUCGUGAUCUGUGAAUGUGAUGUUUUCUAAAUGACGAUGAGCAAAUGUAGCACAGUGUGUUUCAUGUCAGCAUAUAAAGUCUCUCUCUCUAUUGUGAUUUCUCAGAUAAAUAACCAUCACUCUGAUCUGGAAGAUAACAUGUGAAGAGAUCAGGUAUGUAUGGCUAAUAAAGGUGAUUUGUCAGGAUUAUAGCACAAAACAUUAUUGUUUGCAUGGGGAUGCUAUGUAAUUACAGUAUGUAAUUACAUGUUAAUAAGAGUGUAAGUAAGUAUUGGUUAAUUCUCAACUAUCAUUAGCACUUUUACUCUCUCUAGACUCAAUGAACCCAAUGACAGCAGCACAGCGAGAUGGAGAGGGAUUCAAGUGAAAGGAGGAGUGAUCAUCUCUGAUCACAGUCAACAUGGACAGAAUCCUCAAAUAUACUGUACCUUAAAAAAAUUGGAUCUUAAGUGAAUCUUUUCGUUUGAUGAAUAGGAAAUAUUUCCCUGGUUACCCUCAGUUCCUUUCUCACAGUCAGCUUCUGUCCACCUUCGUGUCUCCAGCUCUCCUUUGCAACAGGUUCCU